UAGAUCCAAAACCUCAUUCGUUGAUCUCCUUAUCGAUAAUUUUGCAUACUAAAUUCCUUUCUCUUAUCUAUUUCUCCAUAUCUCUUCUCAGAAUUGAAUACUUUUCGUGCAAUGCUCCCCAAUUUAUUCCCGAGCAGAACAUCAUGACCUAGUAGUGACUUUGCAGAAAUCUACACCCCCGAUUUACUGUAAACACUUUGCAGAGAUGAGAUCCAGAAUCGAUUCCAGCGCUUUACGCGCAGCUUGCGCAUUCAGCGCGGAUUGCGCAAUUUGCGCCCUCAGCGGAAUCUGCGCUAUAUACGUACCAACCUCAUCUCUCUCUCGCUUACACUCCCCCAUGAUACUUCGUUAUACACCAUUCUCUCUAAGUCUCUGCUUUCUUUCGACUCAGCUACAUAAUCAGCGAAGGCUCAAUUCGAAUUUGAAAUUCAGGAGAUUUAGAACACAUCAAACAGAAUAUGGUUGUACUCAGCUACAGAACAGCUUCCUUAUCCUAUGUGAUUCCAGACUUUAUCUCCACGUAAAGUUGGGUCUUGUUGAGAACGCAGAAGGAAGAGGCAUGAAAGUAGGGACUCGUGAAUGCAUUGGAAUUUGCAAAGCUGCAAUGAAUGGCAAUGGUUGCCCUCCAAACACAGCUUUAACAUUCAAAAGUAGGACAUUGCUGAUCUCAUGAAGCAGAACUAAUAUCUGAGAAUUUGUUAAGAACAAGCUUGAUUAUGCUACACUGAUGCUACCAUGUAUAAACACAUUUUAUCUACCCAGCACAACUUGGAGCUAGGAAGUAGGCAAUGCCAAUGGAUAUUCGCAAAGGAAAGAAGACAUGCAAAUGCAGU